GAAAUGACCCAAAACCCUUGACGUCUACUAAUUAGGCUGCCCGCUCUGACCUUCGGCCUUCAAAAUUUUUCAAUACACAAAUCUGUUUUCUUUGAAGAAAAACGUAGCUUUCCCCUGAAGUGGUGACGAAUCAGCCGCUGUAGGGUUUUGUCGCCGAUCGUCUCCGCUCUUCUCUUCUCGUCUCGUCCCACAGUCUUUCUUGUUGUUGCUGAUUAUCCUUUAUCAAGAUGGCUGGACCAGCUCCAUUUGUAGAUAUGGGCAAAAAAGCCAAAGACCUCUUGACAAAAGAUUACAACUUUGACCAGAAGUUUACUCUUUCAAUGCUGAGCUCCACUGGAAUGGGACUUACAGCCACAGGGCUCAAGAAAGACCAAAUAUUUUUUGGAGACAUAAAUACCGUUUACAAGUGUGGAAAUACUACAGUGGAUGUGAAAGUUGAUACCUAUUCUAAUGUGUCUACAAAAGUGACUGUGAAUGAUGUCUGGCCAUGUUCCAAAGCUGCUUUAAGUUUCAGAAUACCUGAUCAUAAAUCUGGCAAGCUGGAUGUUCAAUAUCUUCAUCCUCAUGCCGCCAUUGAUUCUAGCAUUGGCCUGAAUCCAACUCCACUUUUAGAGCUUUCAGCAACAAUUGGAACCAAGGAACUUUCUUUAGGUGGUGAAGUUGGAUUUGAUACAGCUUCCGCUUCCUGUACUAAGUACUCUGCUGGGAUUGGCUUGAACAAGCCUGACUUCUCUGUUGCACUUUUGCUUGUUUCUGUAUUUAGGACUGAUAAAGGACAGGCACUGAAGGCAUCUUAUAUCCAUUCUGUUAACGCCUUCACUUCUGUUGCUGCUGAGAUGACACAUAGAUUUUCCACCUAUGAAAACAAUUUCUCCAUUGGAAGUUUCCAUGCUGUGGAUCCUUUUACAGUGGUAAAAACGCGGUUCUCUGACAAUGGGAAGGUUGCAAUGCUAUGCCAACGUGAAUGGAGACCCAAAUCACUCAUAACCUUUUCAGCGGAGUAUGAUUCAAAGGCCAUCAAUGCAUCCCCUAAGAUGGGGUUUGCCCUUGCACUCAAGCCUUGACCAGGAAGAUCUGUUUAUUCUCAUUCAGCAGUUUGAAUUUCAUAUUUUAAAUUUUGAUGUAUUUUUUCCCGAACCUAUGGGAGAGUUGUUCUUCACCCAGAUUAUUAUGUUGAAAAUUU